AAAACACUCUUUGUGUCACCUUCUUUGUGUGGAUGAUGGCAAGGCAUCAUAAAAAGGGAUAUUUAUGAGCUGCAUGUAGGUGAGCUACUUUGGAUUCUUUUUUCCAGUUUCAGUUCUCUUUCAAUGUAUACUGUAAACAGAAGAGACCCAGGAAUUCUCAUUUAAGUUAUGAGUCAAAACAAAUGAUCAGGUUACACCUGUUUGGCUUAUACUACCUUGGAAACCACUAGACUCCAUUUUCUUAUGCUUAAAGCAUUACUUCGCUCUUAGGAAAAUAAUAUAAUCAACUCAUGCUUUUUUAAAUCAUAUGAAUAAGUCACUGGAACUCUUCUUAAUCUCCACAUCAGUGUCAAGAGGAAUGAAUGAUAUUUCCCAGAGAAUGUGACGUGAGAAAAGAGCAGAGUAAAGAACUUUGAAGAAGUGAACAAAGAAAACGAUGAUGGCACAAUCCAGAAGUGAGAAUAACAGGAAGAGAAGAGAGAGUAGUGCGGAAGGUUGAAAGCAUUUUGAGAACACAAGCGCAGGAAAUAACCAAAUGUCACAGAAAAGGUAAAUGAGAUGCAAAGUGUCCAGAGAUGUGGAGUUGGAUGUUAGUACUAACUUUAGCCUGGAAAGUUAAGUACAAUGGUGAAAUUAAACUCUCAGCUGAGGAGUGACAGCUGAGGAAGUAGAAAUAAGAGGGGAGAGGGCACUGGAAGGAUAAACUGUAAAGACCUUCCUCUCACGCGCUAAAAACACGAAAAACACUGAAGCUUAAUUUAUAUACUGAGAGGAAGGGGAAAUGGAAGUUGAAGAUACAAAAUGAAGAAUAGGGGAAAUGAAUAGAUUAAGAAUGGAUGUAGAGCUGGAAUGAUUGUUUAGAGACAAGAAGAGGGAGACUUCCCCCUUCCAAACUAGGUAAAGAAGGGAAGUUGGCAUGAAUAGCAGCUCAUCUGGAGGGUAAGCGGGAAUGACUCUGUGGAAGUACAUACUGGAGAGCCUCACUUUCACUAUCAAAUCAUAGGGAAGCUCAGCUGCUGGCGUGGGACACAGGAAGGGCAGGAAAAUUGCUUAAGGGUUGGGAAGAGAGAUUAACAAGUUAGAGAGAGUAGAGACAAUGACUUCAAGAGCCUGGCAUGUAAAGGACAUCUCAAAGUACUAGGUUCACAUUGGGAUUAACGUCUAAUUCUUUCCUGAUCAGACACAACCCAUCCAUCUCUAGAAGAAAGCAAUACCCUAUAUUUUCCCAACCAUGAACUUGUUUGAAAAUGGGUGACAAGCAAAUUCCAAAUUAAAGUGGACACGGGAUCAAUGAUCACCACGGACCAGCUGUAUCAUCUCCUUGUCAUGAAAGUGAUCACAUCCUGCAGGAUUGGUAGGGAGCUUUCAACACCCAGAGCUGUUACAAUGCAGAAACUGGAGUUUUUCCAGAAUCCCUCAAAUAAGACAGAAGUGAUCAAGUAGAAAUUUAAAAAUGUGAUGAAACUGUUUUCUUUUGCAGAGUCUUGCCUUCUUCUGAGACUACACCAUGAGCUGGAUGUUCCUCAGAGACCUCUUAAGUGGAGUAAACCAAUACUCAUCUGGGGUUGGGCAGAUUUGGCUGGCUGUAGUGUUCAUCUUCCGUUUGCUGGUGUACAUUGUGGCAGCAGAGCACGUGUGGAAAGAUGAGCAGAAAGAAUUCGAGUGUAAUAUUAGACAACCUGGUUGUGAAAAUGUGUGUUUUGACUACUUCUUCCCCAUCUCCCAGGUCAGACUUUGGGCCUUGCAGCUUAUCAUGGUCUCGACACCUUCACUUCUGGUAGUUCUACAUGUAGCCUAUCAUGAGGGGAGAGAGAAAAGGCACAGAAAGAAACUCUACGUCAGCCCAGGCACAGUGGAUGGAGGCCUAUGGUGUACUUACCUUCUCAGCCUCAUUGUCAAAAUCAGUUUUGAAAUUGGCUUCCUUGUUUUAUUUUAUAAACUGUACAAUGGCUUUAGUGUUCCCUACCUUAUGAAGUGUGAUUUGAAGCCCUGUCCCAACACCGUGGACUGCUUCAUCUCCAAACCCACUGAGAAAACCAUCUUCAUUCUCUUCUUGGUCAUUACCUCAUGCUUGUGCAUUGUGUUAAAUUUCAUUGAAGUCAGUUUUUUGGUUCUCAAGUGCUUUAUUAAAUGUUUUCUCUUAAAAUAUGCUAAGAAAUUCAAGUCCUCAGUAUGUGAGAGACAGAGCCUUAGAUGUGUAGAAUGUGAUGAGACAGGGGCUCCUUCCCUACUCCAGAAUCCCCAUGCAGGCUUGGCUCUAAGCACACCACAGCAACAAGAACCAAAGAUACUUUGUGACACACAGUUGGGUCAGACAUAGAAAACCUGCAUUCCUCCUAAGCAACACAUAAACUGGGUUGGAAAACAAAGGAUAUCAGCUUUAAUGUCAUUUGGAAUUUGAAAAAAAAAUCCCAAUAUGUUUUUAGUUGUGAGCACCAGACAGAGGUCUCAUUGUUUUAUUGUAGCAUUCUCCAUCAUGUGGAUACAACUGGUUUUGAAUAGUGACUUACAAAUUACACUGAAGAACUCCAACUAACA